AUGAACGCGUGUGGGUUGCAUUCGAUGAGUAGGCUAAUGACUAUACCGGUAACAAUAUCGCUACAACCUACGUCGGAUAAAAAUUUUGGUACUUUGGAAAUUUCGUGGCCGACUGCGUUAAAGCCAAUAUUCAUGGUAUUGGGUACUUUGGAAAAUUCAUUACUGAUUGCGUUGAAUCCUGUGUUGACGGUGUUUGGAACUUUGGAAAAUUCGUUACCGAUUGCGUCGAUGCCAAUAUUCACGGAGUUGGGUACUUUGGAAAAUUCGUUACCCAUUGCGUGGAUCCCUGUGUUGACGGUGUUGGGUACUUUGGAAAAUUCAUUACUGAUUGCGUUGAAUCCUGUGUUGACGGUGUUUGGAACUUUGGAAAAUUCGUUACCGAUUGCGUCGAUGCCAAUGUUCACGGAGUUGGGUACCUACUUUGGAAAAUUCGUUACCUAUUGCAUCGAUGCCAAUGUUCAAGGAGUUGGGUACUUUGGAAAAUUCGUCACCAAUUACAUUAAACGCUGA